AAGCAGACUGAUCCUAACUGGAGUAACUUCUUAUAUGACGAGACGAAUAAAUCGAUCAACCUUAUAGACUUUGGAGCAGCAAGGGACUACCCAAAAGAAUUUGUAGAUGAUUAUCUAAAGAUGGUAAUGAGUUGUGGAAACAGCGAUAGGGAGAUGGUGAUUGAGAUGUCAAGGAGGCUAGGGUUUCUGACCGGAAUGGAAUCAGAGAUAAUGGUGGAGGCUCAUGUGCAGGCAGGGUUCGUGGUGGGACUGCCGUUUGCAAAGAGUGGAGGGUACGAUUUUGGAUCGACGAAUAUUACUCAAAGCAUUACAAAUCUGGGGGCAACGAUGCUUCGGCACAGGCUGACACCCCCUCCGGAAGAGGCCUACAGCCUUCACCGGAAGCUUUCCGGUGCUUUCCUCGCUUGCAUCAAGCUUCAGGCUGUGGUUCCUUGCAGAGAACUGCUGCUUCAAGUCUACGACAAUUAUCAGUUUGGGACCUUAAAUUAAUUCUCUUCAUUCUAUUCAUUUUGAAAUUCAUAUUCUUAUUGGAUUAGACAGGAAAUUUCAUCAAUGUUUUCUUGUUAUUUGUAUCAUCAUGUGAAAGAAAUUGAAAAUAAAAAACCAAACAUGGUUAAUACCUUUGCUUUUAUUGUGGUAUCUUUUGUUUUACAAUUGAAAUUUAGAAUAGACUCGUAUCCUAUUUGAUAAACGACAUAAAUCAACGAAGCAUAGUAUUAGUAGUAAUGGAGGAGGAAGAGGAAGCGGCGGCGUUUGUGAGGGAAGAGGUGGAGGACUGGGACGACGAGGUGAAGAGUCGAGCGCGAUUCAAAGCGCUGAGCGGGCAGAGGUCGGAUUGGGAGGCGCGCUAUUGUUUUUGGAGGGAUUUAAUCGUGAAGACAGCUCGACACCUCCGCAUCUUAGUCAUCCGCCCUUCCCGCCUCUCCGGCCUCUGGUUCCGCCGCCGCCCCGACGGCCUCUCCCCUUUGUGCCUUGAUCAAGUGCUCCUUGAAAUGCACCGCGCCGGAGACUUGCUGCUUCCUCGCGCUUCUUCCUCCUCUUCUCGCCUCCCUCACAUUUUCCGCAGGGCGCUCGAUUUUCUGCCCCUCGGCGAUCGCCGCCCUCUCGCUCUCACCGCCGACUGCUACAUUCUCGCACCGCUCUUGGAGGAACGAUCUGUAGAGGUCAUUACCAAAUUGUCGGAAAACUGUUGGACUAGUACGUGUGUUGUCACCAUGGACAAGUUUGGGGAAGUUUGUGUGGGCUCUGAGGAGGAACGGCUUGCCAUUUUGGAUUACUUGGUGACACGUGGAAGAGCUACACGCCUUGUCAUCAACAAACCUCAAGCUAUAGAGGGUGUCAAAUUGUGUAUUGCUCCUGGGGCAGCUUCUGCUGCCUCAACUACGGAUUACAGUUUACUACACUUAACUUGGACUGCCGAGAAGCUGGGGAAGCAGCUUCAUUUAAUUGACCAACGAUAUCAAAAAAGUAGGGAGUCUGCUAUAGCAUCUCUUAGAGAAGCAAACAAGAAACUUGCCCUGAGACAUACAAAAGAAAUGAAGCUGGCAUCUCAAAGUAGAGAGAGGUGCUCGGCACUGUUGGACCAGGUGGAGAAAGUUCUCCAGGCUAUUUCGGAUGCUGAGUCCUCCAAAAAGGUGGCGGAGGCCUUGCAGAGCAGCAAACGUGCUAUGCAGGAAAACCAAAUUAACAUUGAAGAAGUUGCACAGUGCCUGCUGGAACUUGAUGAGAACAUUGAUGCACUGAAACGACUUGAUAAUGCUCUAGAAGCAACUACAACAUAUGGUGAGAUAGAUGAUGAAGACAUUGAAGAAGAAUUUAAGACGCUGCAGCUGGAGCUAAACAGCACAAAGGCAGUUGCAGCAGAGGCAGAGAUAUCAGAAGAAACUGAAACGGAUGCUUUGAGCAAUGCGUUGUUGAAUCUUCGUCUCAAGAGUGAGGGAGCCAAGAAGGUGGAGGCAGAAUGUUGCACAGAUGAAAACAUGUCAAAUGAGAGAGGCCUUGAAGCGGCUUGAAUUUAUGUAAACGGAUAGGAUAGGUAAUCCAAGUGUUGGAUUUGAUGUAAAUGGGUUGAUACGAAAUGCGAAUGAGUUCAGUAGUCUUGUAAAAACGUACAUUUAAGUCA